AUGCCAGCUCCAUACGAAAAAGGUUCUGAAAAGAAAGGUGCUACUUUAUUCAAAACCAGAUGUUUACAAUGUCACACUGUUGAAAAAGGUGGUCCAAACAAGGUUGGACCAAACUUGCAUGGUGUUUUUGGUAGAAAAUCAGGUCAAGCUGAAGGUUUCAGUUAUACUGACGCUAACAAGAAGAAGGGUGUUGUUUGGUCUGAACAAACCAUGUCUGAUUACUUGGAAAACCCAAAGAAAUACAUUCCAGGUACUAAGAUGGCUUUCGGUGGUUUGAAGAAACCAAAGGACAGAAACGAUUUGGUUACCUACUUGCACAAAGCAACUUCCGAAUAA